GCAAUUCAAACCAAGUAUCUACUCGGAGUCUCGGACUGUCGGACGCCAUCACGGAUCCCUUGUUAUCAGCGCUGUCAGCUUCGUAGAUCCACUAUCGGCCUCGUAUAUGUGAAAACCAGCCUUUACCUGCAGCCAUGUAACUAUAAAUCCAGGACCAGUGAGCCUCGCUCUUUCCAUCCAACUAGUCCACCAUCAUGAUGUUCAUCCCUCCAUUCGAUUCCACCACCUAUUCCACCUACACCCAAUCACCCAAUCCGUCAUGGACGUACGGUCAGAGAGUCGACACCACUCCUGCCGGAAAAGACUGGGUUGCAGGCGAAUCUGCUGGGUGGAAAAUCUAUAACACAGCAGAAUUAGACAAGGUCGAUAUCACCAAGCUCUUGAAUUCGGGAAUCGUACCGCGCCCCAUCGCAUUCGUAUCAACGAUCAGCGAGGAGGGCAUAGAGAACCUGGCACCAUACAGUUGGUUUAACACAGUCACGACCUACCCGCCUAUCAUCUCAUUCGCAUGUAAUAACAACGCCGUGGGCGGCCUCAAAGACACAGCGGUGAAUGUGAUGAACAGCCAAGGGUUUAGCGUGAACAUCGUCAGCGAGCCAUUCAUCGAGAGUGCAAAUGCAACUGCCAUAGACUCUCCUCCCGGCUUCGACGAAUGGAGUCUCAGCGGUCUAACAAAGGAAAAAUGCGUGCAUAUAAAAGCCUCGCGCGUCAAGGAAAGCGCUUUUAGCAUGGAGUGCGAGCUCUACAAAUCCAUAGAUAUCGCGCACCCAGUCACAGGCGAGCACACCAGCACGCUCAUCCUCGCGCACGUCAAGUACAUCCACGUGCGCAAGGACAUGCUCACGCAAAGAGGUGUGAUCGACCUGACAAAGUUCAAGCCUGUCGCGCGUGUGGGCGACAUCUCAUAUGCGCGCGUUGGAGAUGCAUUCAGGAUCGCCUCUCCAACAUGGGCGCAGGACAAGGCGAAGAUACGUGAUGCGUUGGACGAGGCGAAGAUAGAAGGAGCGUUGGCGACUCUGUCAUUGCUAUGACAUAGAACGAAGGAAGCCAGCUUGUUGUUUCAUUAAUAACAUAUACCAUAGAUAAUAGUUAAUAGAUAUUAGCAUCCACGCGUGAUCGUG